AUGGUAGUGGGCAACGUGGCGUAUUUUGGCAUCUCUCUUGCUGCGGGCCUCCUAAGUAUCUUGUUUUACAAAUGGGCAAACCAGAAGCAGGAGCCUCACAAACAGGGAAAUGGACCGACACGCCAGAGUAAAGUUAAAAGUUUGAAGCUGUCCAAGUAUGAAAAGCGCAUCGCCGCUGAUCUGGUUGAUCCGCGGAUCAUAAAGACCACUUGGACCGACAUCGCAGGUCUCGACAAUGUGAUUGCCGAGCUAAAGGGGACAGUGAUCUUACCUGUUGAGAAAAGACAGCUGUUCCAGGGAUCCACACUGUUGCAGCCCCCAAAAGGUGUGCUGCUGCAUGGACCUCCUGGAUGCGGUAAAACACUAAUUGCCAAGGCAACAGCAAAAGAGGCAGGCUUUUGUUUCAUCAACUUGCAGGUGAGCACCCUGACAGACAAAUUUUACGGAGAGUCCGAGAAACUGGCCGCUGCUGUGUUCUCAUUGGCGGUCAAGCUGCAGCCAACAAUCAUCUUCAUUGAUGAGAUAGACUCAUUCUUGAGGAGUCGUUCCAGUUCAGAUCAUGAAGUCACGGCCAGGCUCAAGGCUCAGUUCAUGAGUCUGUGGGAUGGACUGGUCACAGACCACCAUUGCCAGGUCCUCAUAAUGGGAGCCACCAACCGUCGUGAUGACCUAGACCCUGCCAUUCUGAGGAGGAUGCCCACCCAGAUCCACAUCAAGCUUCCAAGUGUUAGACAGCGUGAGGACAUCCUCGGGGUGAUCCUGAAGAAUGAGAAAGUAGACCCACUGAUUAACCUCAGAGAUUUUGCCAUGGAAACUGAGGGUUUCUCAGGAAGUGACCUCAAAGAGAUGUGUCGUGAGGCAGCGCUGCUGGGUGCUGGAGACCUCAUUCACAGUCAGAAUAACGUCCCCUCAGAUGACUCCGCCUAUUGCAUCAGAAAGGACGACUUUCAUAAAGCCAUCAGCAAGUUUAAGGAAUCCAAGAAUGGAGAACAACAGGACCUUCAGAUGAUGCUGUAUGUCUGA